GGGGUCACCUGGAAAAAGCAACGAUUACCAAAACAUGUUCUACCUUUCGGCCCCCUCAAUCAAAUAGCAUUCAACAAGCCAGAAAAGCCUUUCAUUAAGCUGCAGGAACAUCACAGCCAUGUCUAGCGGCCCUGCAGGUACGGACUCUGAGGCAGGCCGUGAUGGUUGGGCUCCUCCUGAAGUCGAUUUUGCGCUUCGCCUUCCCCUUACCCUCCUGGCCCUGUCUUUGUUGAUGUUGGCGGUCAUCCUGAAUGUUACCUCGUUGUCGUCCGCCUUGCCGACCAUCUCGCAUGAUCUCGGACUGACUUCCGUUCAAGCUUUCUGGGUAGGAACCUCGUCUCUGAUAUGCUCGACUACCUUCCAGCCUGUAUAUGGCUCCCUAUCCAGCAUCGUCGGUCGUAAGCCGAUGAUGCUGAUUGCGAUCGCAUCCUUCACUGCGGGAACUGUGACGGCGAGUCGGGCAUCGACCGCCACGACCUUGCUUGUUGGCCGUAGUAUUCAAGGUCUGGGAGCCGGAGGAAUCACUAAUCUCUCCGAAGUCAUCCUGACCGACCUGGUGCCGUUGCGGCUGCGAGGACGAUAUCUGGCCGGCCUCAACUCAGUGUGGGCCAUUGGCUCGACAUCUGGUCCGGUAGUCGGAGCUGCCUUCGCGCAAGAGGUAAAUUGGCGAUGGCUGUUCUACAUCAACCUUCCUCUCAUCGCUCUGGGACUCAUUCUGAUGACCCUCUUUACACGACUGCAGCCCCUGCCGGUCUAUUUGCGACACAAGCUGGGCGAUACUGACUUUGGAGGUAUCCUGCUCUUCACCGGGGGUAUCACCGCCGUACUAAUCCCCGUGACGUGGGGAGGCGUGAUGUACGCCUGGAGCUCGUGGCACACACUCACACCCUUGCUCAUCGGUGUCGCGACGCUGGUCUGCUUCGUGGCAUACGAGGGCUUGUACGUGCCGGCCAACCCCGUCAUCUCGCUAGCCCUCUUCCGCACCCGGUCUCUCCUCGCCGGCUACAUCGGCACCAUGACCCACGGCCUGAUCCUCUCCUGUGGCCUGUAUUACCUGCCCUUCUAUUUUCAGGCUGUCAAGGGCUACACGCCAAUCAUUUCCGGCGUCGCCCUCUUCCCCGUAACCUUCACCGUCGUCCCCGGUGCCAUGGCGACGGGGAUUUUGAUCAGUCGAAUGGGCCGAUACCGGGACCUGGUCUGGGCCGGCUGGCUCGCCACGACCCUCGGUCUGGGACUCACCUGCCUCGUACACGUGAACACCACCAACGCCCUCUGGAUCGUGUGUCUCAUCGUCAUUGGCCUAGGCCUGGGAAUGCUGUUCUCUGCCCUCAACCUGGCUGUGCUAGCCGCCGCACCAAGCCCGACCCAGACCGCCGCCGCCGCCACGAUGUUCACAUUCUUCCGCGCCCUCGGCCAGACGCUAGGCGUGGCGCUAGGCGGCACCAUCUUUGCGAACCGCGCGCGUGCCCACACGUUGGCCGACGCGGUUCUCGAGGCCAUUCGCACGCACACCACCACGGUGACAAACAACCACCUGGACCCGGUCGCGCUCGUGAGUCUCAUCGAUCAGAUCCCCGACCCCGAGACAAAACACCAGAUCCGUACGGUGUUCGUGGAUAGUCUGCGCGUGGUGUGGGCCUUUUGCUGCGCGAUGAGCGGCGUCGCCGGGUUGCUGAGCCUCGGGAUGCGGCAUUACGAGCUGGCGCGGCGGGUGGGGCCUCCCCGGCCUCCCCCUGCUCCUGGUCAGACAGUGCUAGGACCGAGUGAGGGGAGUGAGUCGAGGCAGGAUCUGGUGGCGAUGCAGCCUUACUCGGCAAAAGCGAGUCAUAGUUCGCUGCGGUCGAUUCCGGAGUCGGAUCGUGGCUCGGUGUGA